AUGUCUUACAGCAACCCAAAAGCUUACUACAAUCAAGCACAAUACACGUCCGGUUCUCUUGGCCCUGAUAGCAGUAACAGAUCCGACCAAGCAGCACGACCACCACCACCACCAUCAUCAUCAUCAUCCAAAGCUUAUGAUACAGUUAUACACAAGCCUGAUGAAAUAACACCAAGCGACUUGAAUGGUCCUCCACCACCACCAUCAGCACCACCAGCUUAUGCAUAUCCACCACCCGAUGAAGCAGCACCUUCAGCACCACCAGCAUCCUCGAUACCUCCAACAACACCUUCUUCAAGAGAAUACCCAACCUAUGGUGCUGUGGCUGCUCAAGCAGGCUUGCUUGAUCCUGCAAAGGCUUAUAUGGAUCGUCAACCACGUCCUCCAUCAGCACAUUCAUCACGUGAUGCCGUUGCUACUCCCUCAUGGUCUAAUCCACACAUCCCAUGUGAUUGGGCACAGAAUGGUCAAGAACAACAAGCAACUGCCAGCAGCAUGCAUUCAUCACCCUCACCCUCUGCACAGCAUAUUCGAUUUGGCCCACGAUCAAGAGGAUAUGAUGAUGAUGAUGACGAUGACGAUCCUGGAUGUUGGAGAAAAUGGUGCAAGUACUUGUUCUUGGCAAUCUUGAUUUGGCUCGUCUUUUUAAAGUAUGGCGAUAUCUUGACAUGGGGUGGAUGGGGAGGAGAUUCACCAUCAGCAGCAGUAUGUCGUGGUCACAACAGCAUUGUAUGGGAUGAUUUGCCAUCAUCGAUUGUUUUGGAUAAGAAUGCAUGGGUCACCAUUGAAGGACACGUGACAGGUGGCAAAAUCAAUGUGCAUCGUGGAAGCCGAAAAGGAUCGAUCGAGACACGCGUACGCACCAAUUCACCCACUUUGUUGGAUGCGCUUGAAUACGAAUUACAUCCUGGAGAGAAUACCCAAUUGGAAUUACGCUUUCCCGCCAUGUCAGUCAUGCCACAGCACCACGAUUGUCUUGAAAUCGAAAUGGAUAUUUGGGUGCCUGAACGCUCUGAAGAGAUCCAUGUGGAAGGUAGCAACGUGGUAGUGGAUGUGGUUGAUGCUUUGGAUGGCAUGGAUUGGUUGGACAUCAAAACGAUCAAUGCUAUGAUUCGAAUGCAAGGAGGGUGGUUUGGUGAACGACUCGAAUUGGAAACAGAACAUGGCGAAAUCAAUACUGCUGGGCCCAUUGUGACAAGUGAUAAUGCACACAUGAAGACCACUGGUGGCGCUAUCAGGGUGGGAAGUAUCAUGUCAAGAAAUACAAUCGAUCUCAAAGCAAGUGAUGGUGCUAUUCAUGUCUCUGGUUCCCUUCAAGCCGAUUCCCGCAUCUCAGCAGAGACAUCCAACGCUGAAGUGCAUCUUGAUACCGUCAAAUCACGCCAUUUAGACGUAACGACAUCAAACGGCUGGAUUCAACUUAAUCAUGCCGUUGCUCCACAUAUCACAGCAAGGACAUCCAAUGAUCGCAUCAAUGUUCAGGUGGAAGAGGUGGUAGAGCCAAAUGUGGAAUUGACUACUAGCAAUGGUCCCAUCACUGCUCAUGUGACGACCUACUUUGCAGGGACCAUUCAAGUGAGCACAAGCUCACACAAUCAGGCCAUUGUACAGGACGCUUGGAAUCGUGUGGAUUUGGAUAUUGAUGAACCUUCCAUGAAGCAAGGCAGUCGUAUGGGUGGAGGCAAUGGACAUCUUACUCUCAGCACUUCCAAUGCCGAUGCAAGCAUUUUCCUUGACAUUCAACCAGAUAUCGGCUACGUAGAAGACAACUAG